AUCGAUCAUUGACGUCGAUAGUGUCCAGUUUAAAAUGUAGCGUACACGUGUAGCUUCUUUAAUUCUCAAUUCGUAGAAAAAGUAAAGAACGAAUCGCACUAGAACUACGAUGGCCAGUGCAACUAUAAAUAACAGUGCUCCACAAGUGCAAAUAAAAUUUCUUACCAAACAGGAACAAGUCAACCGAUAUAGGGAAUAACAUAGAAUUUGAUUUCUUGGUGUGCUCACAAUUUUUGCGAACUUCAUUAAGUGAACACAUAUUAGAAAGAAAUAUCUCUACAGAGGAAGUCAUAAUCAUUGAGUAUGUUGAAAAAUACCCACCACCAGAGCCUCAGGAUUGUCUUAUACAUGAUGACUGGGUUUCUGCUGUUGCUGUUUGUGAAAAAUGGAUCUUAACUGGCUGUUAUGACAAUACAUUACACAUAUGGACAUCUAAAGGGAAACACCAUCUAGUAAUUCCUGGACAUACUUCACCUAUUAAAGCUGUAGCAUGGAUUUCCUUAACCAGUGACAUGGCCACUUUUUCAUCUGAAAUUUACAGUGCCUCUCAAGAUCAGACAGCUAUAAUAUGGGACUGGAACAUUGUAAAGAAUUCAGUAGAUUGUAUUCAUGUAUGCAGAGGACAUGAACGUGGACUAGAAGCUGUUAACGUUAAUUAUGACAAGACAGUGAUUGCAACUGGAGGAUGGGACACAAUGCUUAAAAUCUGGUCCACAGAUACCUAAAAGAACGAUGAAAGGUCACAAAGAAGCCAUCAGUGGUGUAGUAUGGUCAGAUAAAACAGAAAUUAUAACGUCGUCAUGGGAUCAUACAAUUAAAAUAUGGGAUUCAGAAUUAGGAGGGAUCAAACACGAACUAGCUGGGAACAAGAGUUUCUUUGACCUCGAUUAUUCAACAUUAAGUCGCACUGUCAUUACCGCAUCAGCUGAUAGGCAUAUCAGAUUAUACGACCCAAGAUCUACAGAGGGAACACUUGUGAAAACAAUAUUCACGUCUCACACACAAUGGGUACAAUCUGUACGGUGGUCGCCAGUGGACGAAAAUCUUUUCAUUUCAGGAGCAUAUGAUAAUGAUAUGAAACUUUGGGAUACCAGAAGUCCUAAAGCGCCGUUAUUUGAUCUUUCCGGGCAUGAAGAUAAAGUAUUGUGUUGCAAUUGGUCGAAUCCCAAAUUUAUAGUGUCCGGAGGUGCAGAUAAUACCGUAAGAAUAUUCAAAUCGAAACAUAUUAUUCGUUAAUAGUGAAUCGUUACGAAAUCUUUACACGUAAUAGAAAAAUGAAAUAUUGUGCAUAAUGCAAAUUGAUAACAAUAAGGUUUUUUUAUCAUCUGAAUAUUUAUUACAUUCUAAAUAAAUGUAAUCGUCUAAAAGAAAUGUCUAAAAGAGAUGUAUUCUCGUCGUGAAACAUACUGAAUGACAAAAUCAUCACUCAAUGUAAAACGAUCAAAAAAUAUCGAAUCGAAUUCUGAACUGCAACAACAAAACUCAAAACUACAUGUAUGCAAAUCAAGAUAAUGUACAUAAAGCAAGUACAAAAUAUUUUCGUACAAAUAAAUAUAUCUAACGAAGUCAAAGAGAAAAAAAAUGCGACUUUAAUGGAAAAAGUAUUUUGCAUGGCCUAAAAAAAAAAGCUCUCAACGUCAAAUCAAAAUUCGCAUUCCUUUUAUUUCAAUGAGUUCUUUUUACGACGUGUUCGCUUUCUUUUUUUUUUUCUUUUU